AUGCCGGAACGAAACCCUGGCAUCCGAGCCACUGUGGACCUUAUGAUCCUUGACUACAUGGUCUGCAUGUGUAUCAGCAUGCUCAUAGGAGCCAUCUAUGAAGCAAGAGCAACCGCAGACAUUGAAUGGUUUGCGCUUCUUGUUGAACAAUUCCACCGGCGGCUCCUUGGUCAUCGUCUCGAAGGCCGCCUACCCUGGGACCUGGACUUCAAAUUGCGCAUUUUCUACCUGUCCAACCUAUUUCUCCACUGGGACCCUCCCAAAGAUCGCGACCUUGGUCACUUUGUUCCCCUGUCUGAUAUCGCAGUUCAGUUCAUGGACUUAUGUCACUCUGCGGUGGCCCAUGUAUCCCGGAGACGCUGGUUCGACCUCGGUGCCCAUUUCAUGGUUCAUGCUAUGCUGGAAGAACAAGAGCGCUUCCCCGACCAGCUUGACAGACUCCGCAACUGGAAAACAAACGACGGCGAGCUCGAUAUAUGGUGGGAGGUUAGCCGUACCAUGUUCCUGGAACACAUGCCAGCCCCCUUUGGUACCGCGGGUCCAAUGAGUCGAGAAGAGCUUGAUGAGACGUUUCCUCUCCAAGCCCUGCAACAUCGUUACGUCGAUUUUUUCGAAGAUCUCAUGGAAGUCCUGGACGUGCCCCUCCUUCUUCAGCUGGAGCAAGGUCGACUUGAGGGGUUGACCCGGGAGGAGACACAGCGGGUUCGAAACUAUUGUGGAUUUUAA